UGACGAGAUGUCGUCAUUCGACAACAAACCACAAAACCGCUGGCUAAAACAGAGCAAGAACUGAGACUCGUCUGCAAUUUGUUAUAGAAUAUUUCUCCAAAGUGACCUCCAUAUUAUCAAAAAUGAAUGUAGGAUGAUGUGGACAUGUUGCUGUAGCUUUGGAGCAGUGAUUUAUUUAACCAUAUCGAGACAGCCUUGUCAACAAAGAGAUGAAAAUGGACUAACAUUUUUAAGUAACGGCGCACCCGUGAGAGUGUGACAGACGAUUGUAUGGCGGGCUGUUGUGCGGCUGUGCUCUUUUGGCCGUCAGCAAAGCGGACAAGCUUUGAGCUUUGUUUUGUAACUCUAUGACCGCUUAGUUGAGGUCCCAUUUUUGCACCUCUUUGUUCAUUAUUGAGGUUGAAAAGAUGGAAAGCGUUGGAGAUUUUGAGUACAACAAGAAAGACCUAAUCGGUCAUGGGGCAUUUGCAGUUGUCUUCAGAGGCAAGAGAAAACAGAGAGCAGACGAGGUUGUGGCAAUCAAGUGCAUUAACAAGAAGAAGUUAUCAAAGUCGCAGACCAUGCCAGAGAAAGAAAUUGAAAUUCUUAAGGACCUCCACCAUGAAAACGUAGUCUCAUUACUACAUUUCAAGGAAACUUCAAGUUCUAUGUUUCUGGUGAUGGAAUACUGCAAUGGCGGUGACUUAGCAGACUACUUGCAUGCAAAAGGCACUCUGAGCGAAGAUACAAUACGAUUCUUCUUACGCCAGAUGGCGUCUGCUAUGGAGGUACUGCACAACAAGGGCAUCAUACACAGAGACCUCAAGCCCCAGAAUUUGUUACUCGCCCAUCGAGGCAAAAAGACGCCACCUCCUUCGGAAAUCAGAAUCAAAAUAGCUGAUUUUGGAUUUGCCCGGUUUCUAGAGGAAGACAUGAUGGCAGCAACAUUGUGUGGAUCGCCUCUUUACAUGGCGCCAGAAGUAAUUAUGUCACAGCAGUAUGAUGGUAAGGCUGACCUUUGGAGUCUGGGUACCAUACUCUUCCAAUGUCUAACAGGGUCUGCGCCGUUCAAAGCCUCCAACCCACAGGAGUUGAAGAAAUUCUACCAGCGAGCAAAGCAUGUCACACCAGAUAUUCCUUCUGGAACAUCCAAGGAACUGAAAGAUCUCCUUCUUCGACUUUUACAAAGAAACCAGAAUAAUAGAAUAGAAUUUGAUGCAUUCUUCAGUCAUCCAUUUCUAGGAAAGAAAGUGCAAUCUACCUCAACAUCCGCCCCAAUGCCAGUACCAAGCAGGACUUACAGCUACGUAGCAGACUCCCCCGAAAGACGUACCAUCUCUGUCUCUCCUCUCUCCGGUAACAUGCCUAUAUCAUCCCCUGAAGACCAACCUCCAAGGAAACACCGCUCCUCAUCCUCUCAGAGCGACACAAGUCGUGGGGGCAAUGUGUCGAGCUCACCCGAUAAAUACGGGACUGGCACGCCACAGAGUAUCACCUCUCUGGAUAAUGAGAUAGUGGAAGGGGAUUUCGUUUUAGUUUCUUCAAAUGUUCAAUGCACAGGGUUUGAGCAGUCACCAAAGAGUAGACAGUUUGAUCGUCUGCGGUCAGUCAGUGACCCUCCUGUAGUACCCCGGCAUAGGUCAAUCCCUUCUCCCUCCUCCCCUGUUGCCAUGUAUGCUACGCAAGCAUCAGGGGGUCAGUCGCCUACUGGUGGAAGUCAGUCUCCAAACGGGAGGCCGACAAGUCUUCCUAUAGCUACGGGAUCAUCUGGCAGGCCCAGAUCAAGUCCCAAUCGGCAGAAUCCCCCAGGGAUUAAGAUGACGCCACCUGCUGCUACCCCAAGUCCACAUAGUGCAAUAAGUCCUUCCAAAACAUCCCCACAGGGUGCCCACCAGCUUCAGUUUGGCAAGUUACCGAGUCCAGUUGCAGCAGUUGGAUUAGCCUCACCCAUCAGUUGCCCUUCAGGAUCACCAGGUCCUGGUGUUCAUCAUAGGGUGUCUGGCAGCCGGACGCAAGCCUCGCCCUCCCCGCCCCUUUUCCGCUUCCCAAUUGGUUCUUAUUCUCCACCCCUGUCUGAUAGCGGGUCAUCAGGCCCCAUGCAAUCGGUAGGAGCUCACAAAUGGUCCCCGCCAUCAGUCAAGCGCCAAAGUUCAGGCUCACCGGCAAGAAGGAAAACAGUGUCCUCUCCAGCAAGGAUAUCCCCUUUGGCUUUCACCAACCCCUCUGCCCUGCCGACAAUAUUGGGAUCACCCACUAAAAGAGUUGGCAGUGUGGAAUCCAAUAUGAGAUUGGAAGAUACUAUUAUUGAAGCACCAUUGAGUGCCCCCUUUGCCAGACCCCAGCGUACCAAGACAUUCUGUGGUGCUAUAGGUGGCUAUGAUGAAGCCUGUUCCCCAAAGGAGACAGCAGUCUUCCCUCGUAGUGCAAGCUCAAGCAGGCUAGACCAGUACUCACUCAAAGCUGCCUUUGAGAGCCUGGGAAAGUCUCCUGCAGGAAGCUUUGAUGGACUGUCAGCUAUAUCUCUUGCCACAAGUCCACCGACCAAUCCAAUGUUUUACAUUGGUAGUACAUCACGACGCAACUCGGCCUUGCAGUCUGAGGGUUCACCCUCCAGUCAAAGCCCCAUUCCAUAUGCUGCCUCGCCUCCCAACAUGAUGGGUCCAAUCAUGUUUGUUGCUCCUGAGCUACCGGAGGAAACCUUACUUGAGCCGGAGCAUAAUGAGACAGUUGACCGUCUCAGCGUCAUUCUUGGCAUUGUAGAUGCCAUCAAUGAGGUAGCAAAGCAGAGGAGUGACCCGUUAGCUGAGUCGGUAUAUGGGGUUGAGACGGAUAUCGGAACAGGGGAUCAAGUCUGCUUUGUCAGUGAGGGAUACAGGAGAGCAGAGCAGUUAGUGUUGUAUGCUAGGUCGUUAGAACUUCUCUCCGCCUCACUGGACAUGGCCAAAACUGAAAUCCUGGCUGAUCGGCUGAAACCAUCAAACACUGUGCGAAAUGUUGUGACUGCACUGAACGAACGCUACCACCACUGUCUAGGUCGCUGCAGGGUCCUCUAUGAUAAGAACAUGAGUAGGACGCGCACUGUGGAGAGAGAUAGGUUUAUGAUUACAGCAGACAAACUCAUGUACAGCUAUGCAAUAGAUCUGUGUCAGAGCACAGGGUUGGAUGAACUAUUCGGUAACCCACAGGAGUGUGUAAGUCGUUAUCACACUGCUCAGAUGCUCCUGCGUGGGUUAUGUCUCCAAGCUGCAACAGACAGUGACAGGGACCUCCUUCUAACAUAUAAACAGCUUCUGGAUCAACGGAUACUCCACCUGGAGCGAAAGUCUAACCCUUCCUUGCAUCCAUUGACGACGUGAGACAAAAUAUCACAAACAUCAGAGGAAUAUGAUUUAAAAGUUCAGUCAACCUAGGAAGCUAGCAAUUGAGACUGUCAUGUCAAGUGACCAGGUUGCUGCAGGGAGUAUUUCCUAAGGUCUGAAGAUUACAUGCCGCAACCUCUCACUGACAUCUGAGGAAAGUAGGAAAGGGGUAUAAAGGAAGUUUUCAUACCCCCAAAGCAGUUUGCCAUAAUGAUUGGCCUCCUUCUAUGGAGGUAAAAACUAUCCUUGGAUGCUAAUCUUUCCAUCUCUGAAGGCAGAGUUGGCAACUUUUUGAGGAUCAAAGAUCAGUUGUGGCAACCCAAUAAUCUUCAACGGCUCAUUAAACGAUGCUCUAAAGAUGAAGACCGCCUUCAAUGGCACACUUAUCUCUACCCAUGAAGCCAACUCCUUGAUGACUUCAUUGGAAAGAGCUACCCCUGUUCUAUGAGGAUGGUGUGACACCUGUCCUGUUGUUAAAGAAAGGAGAUGAAACAAAAAGAUGUGCUCCAGCUUAGUGUUCUUUACACCAUAAAGACCCCUUGCACUUAUGCCACCUGUGGCUACAAGACCACCUCCAAUGGUACAAUCAUCUCUACCAACAAAGCCGAGUAAGGGAAGCUUCAUAGGAAGGAGCUGGUCUCAUCUAUGAGGAUGCUGAUGAGGAUGCUGAUGAGGAUGCUGAUGAGGAUGCUGUGACCCCUGUCCUGUUGUAAAGAAUAGAGAGGAAAAAGAAAGAGGUGCUUCGGCUUAGUGUUCUUUACACCAUAAAGACCCCCUCGCACGUAUGUUAUCUGCCCUAACAACAUGCCAUGUGGGCAUCAGGGGCAUGUAACAAAUAUGGUGCGAAUCUAAAGGCACACGUAGUGACUUAACUAACUGCACUGCAAAUUAACACUCAAUAUGACUCCCACAUUGCACAGCCAAGAUAUAUUCUGUGUGGUGGGUGAGCUUUUAACUUUUCAGGAGUCGCUUGAUCCGAAUGUACACAUGCUUUUAAAUUUAGUUUGCAUGUAGAUCAUGCCUAUUGCAUUGUGUUUAAAAGACUUCAACUCCCUGAAAAAAAAUAUGCUGCAUUCUUGGUUGUAGCAUUGUUGAGUUUAGGAGAGUAUUGUGUGUGUCAUACAUUUUCAAGUUAAUAAAAAGUAACUGAGUGGUGAUACGCAUAAUUAGUGACUAGUUCCGCAAAUGUCGCACAGCAAGCAAAUUUCAGGCAUGACACCUCUGAAACCUCAGCUGAUUAGCUGAUUUCCUGGUUUAGCCUAAAAAAAUUAUGUAAGCGUAGUUGGGCAUUUUAUGAUUUUGUUUUAAUUUUGUGCAUGCCUGAAAUUUGUAAAUCAAUAUCUCUGCACAACUUGGAUAUGAACUUGGGACUAAAUGGAUUGGAGUAUUGUGUGUGUGUGUACUGUGUGAAAAGGAUUUGUGUGCUCAGGGGUUGAUUUCCCAAAGAUGGUCCUAACUUAGGACUAGUCCGAAGAGUUAUUGAAAACUUAAACGCUAGUCCCAAGUUAGGAUGAGUAACUCGUCCUAACUCAAAAUAAGACUAGUCUUAACUCUUUGUAAAAUCCACUCCUGGGAGUUAUUUUACUUGCCAAGAACUGAAUGUAGUCCAUGUUGAAGUUGAUACAGCCAGCCAAGUAUUUAUUAUCACUAUUUAUUGGCAUGCCAUUAUUUAUUUUAGCUGGCAGCAGUUUGGAAAGUAUUGGAUUGGUAUUAAAUAAGUGACGUACAUUGCCAAGACUUCUUGUACUUUGUAUAGAUGAUUACUUUAUAUGGAAGGUUGACGAUAUUAAUUUUAAACUGUAUUGCUGCUUUGUGAAAUAUCAUUGCUAAAAAGAUGUUUUUCUUGGUUACAAAAGUUUGCAUCUGUUAAUAUAUGAAUAUGCAUUAUUAUGGAGCUUAUCUUACACGCAGCUUCCAUCAGUCAGUAUAAUUUAUUCACAUUUUUUUUGUUUCUUCCAUUGUGUAUAUAUUGGUUUAAUUGUUGUUGCAAAGCUGGUCUAAAGUGUUUAUUAAUGUUAUUUAUGACUCCUAUAGUGUGUUGUUAUGUGGCUGAGAAUCAAGUAUGAUUGGUACUUCAAGGCCAAGGCAUGAGUUUUUAAUUUCUAUUUUUACUCGUAUUGUUUACUUUUGUCAAGUUGUUGUAUGGGUAGUUCACCCAGAAGAGUUUGUUUUUGCUAUAUUCUAUGUUUCAUUGGUGUGAACUUCUUUGUGCUACAAAUGAGGAUAGAGAUUUUCAGAGUGCGAAUGUUUUUUUGUAGCUCAAUACAAAUAGCUAGGGUUGUGGAGUUUCUGUUUGUUUUAGUUACAAAUCAAUCAGUAACUGUUUUGUCUGAUGUUGAGUGCUUGUUAAUGUAUCACUGUUAUGAUUGUGACAAAAGGAGAUUUCUAAUGUUACUAUAAGAGCUUAUUUUAAUCUGUGUAAAUAAUGUUAAGAGACCAAAAUACUGUAUAUAGAUGAUACAUGUAUAACUAAAGCAAAUUUCUGAACAAAAAAAACCAAAAAACAAAUAAAGAACAGAACGAAAUAAUUUAAAUAUAAA